AUGUCAGGUCCCUCUGCGCCCCUUCUUCGUCUCAUCCAAAAUGUCAUCACCAAAUCUCGCAACAGCAGCCCCCGUGCUCCGGCCAGGUACAGCCUGCAGAUCUCAUGCCAUGUCAAGCCGAAUGCAUCCAGCAAUCGCGAGGGCAUUACCGCAAUAGAUGCAGCAAAGGUCGACGUCUGCGUGGCUGCGGUGCCGAGGAAUGGCGAGGCAAAUACGGCCGUGUCGCGAGUUUUGGCGCAGGUUUUUAAAGUCCCCAAGUCCAGCGUGGAAGUUAUCCGCGGGCUGAAAUCGCGUGACAAGACAGUCAGCAUAUCUGAUCUGGACAUUGGAGCCGAAGGCGAGAACAAAUUCCUGCAGAAAGCGCGAGGAAAGCUGGAGGAGGCUAUUUUACUCAAGUAG